AUGACGCCAGACAAGUACUACUGGAAUAAUAUCCACGAUGACCUGAAGGGCUUCAUAAACGACGGAGACCAAAGCAGGAUUGCCGAGGUAUCAUUAGGUCAAAAUAACUACUUCUUCGCACGGAAGGAAAAUGGUGCAUGGAAGUACCUUGUGAAGAGGGACUCUGAACUCCACAAGCUGUUGCAAGCAAGAGCCAAUGACAUCGCACGCGUAUCCCUUAGCCCUGACAGCGAUCAUUGCUUCGUUGUCUUCAAAACCGGAUCCUGCCGGUUCUGGGUUCCCAAAUCGUGGGAAUCUAAGAUAUGGGAGGUGGUCAGAAAAGCAGGCAUCAGCCUCGACCACAGCUCCACCAGUGGUUAUUCCUCGGGGACAAACACCAACUAUCGGAGCAAUGCCGUCAUAGGAAGGCAAGAUCCGAAGAAGACGUUCGGAAGCUUGCAGGAAAGCGAAACUGGCGUGUAG